AUGUCAUUUUCUUGUUCAAAAAACUUCUUCCAACGGUUCUGUGUUGACGAGUUCCAUAUGAAUACAGGUAGCCACAGUGGCUUCUUCUCCAGCGAUCUCCUCCCAUCUCUAGGAGCCACAAUCAACCAUAAAACAAAACUUCGAAGAUACAUAAUUUCUCCAUUCAUUCCCCGUUAUAGGGCAUGGGAGAUAUUCUUGGUUGUGCUGGUGAUUUACUCGGCCUGGCUCUGUCCAUUUGAGUUUGCAUUUCUGACAUACAAGCAAGAUGUGCUUUUCAUCUUCGACAACAUUGUCAACGGCUUCUUUGCCAUUGAUAUUUUGCUCACUUUUUUUGUGGCAUAUCUUGACAGCCAAUCUUAUCUUCUGGUUGAUGACCCCAAGAAAAUUGCAAUAAGGUACAUAACAACCUGGUUUAUUUUCGACGUCUGUUCAACGGCACCAUUGCAAUCUAUCAGCCUCCUGUUCACAGAUCAAAGUAGCGGAAUCGGCUUUAAACUACUCAACAUGCUCAGACUUUGGCGCCUCAGGCGAGUCAGCACCCUGUUUUCAAGACUUGAGAAGGACAUCCGAUUCAACUAUUUCUGGACUCGGUGCACAAAGCUCAUCUCUGUAACUCUGUUUGCAGUACACUGUGCCGGAUGCUUCAAUUAUCUGAUUGCAGAAAGAUACCCAGAUCCAAGCAGAACCUGGAUUGGUGCAGUCUUUCCUAAUUUCAAACAACAGAGCCUCUGGGACAGAUAUGUUACUUCAUUUUAUUGGUCUAUUGUGACAUUGACUACAACUGGUUACGGAGACUUGCAUGCUAAGAACCCAAUAGAGAUGCUGUUUGCUGUCUUUUACCUGCUUUUCAAUUUGGGAUUGACAUCUUACCUCAUUGGGAACAUGACAAAUCUUGUAGUCCACUGGACAAGCCGCACCAGGAAUUUCAGGGAGACAGUCAGAACAGCUUCAGAAUUUGCAAAACGGAAUCAGCUGCCCUCACAUGUACAGGAUCAAAUGUUGUCACACAUAUGUCUCAAAUUUAAAACAGAUGGAUUGAAGCAGCAAGAGACCUUGAACAGCCUGCCAAAAGCCAUACGUUCCAGCAUUGCGUACUAUCUCUUCUUCCCCAUUGUUCAAACUGUCCAUCUUUUCCAAGGGGUUUCUCAUGACUUCCUUUUUCAAUUGGUUUCUGAAAUGGAAGCCGAGUAUUUCCCACCCAAGGAAGAUGUGAUUCUACAAAAUGAGGCCCCAACAGAUGUGUACAUACUGGUCUCAGGAGCAGUGGAUUUGAUUGCACAUAUCGAUGGGCACGAUCAAGUCCUAGGAAAGGCUGUUGAAGGGGAAAUGUUCGGGGAAGUAGGGGUUCUAUGCCACAGACCACAGCCAUUCACUGUUCGGACCACUAACCUCUCUCAAAUACUACGCCUGAACAGGACUACAAUGAUCAACAUGAUUCAAGCAAAUGCAGAAGAUGCACGAAUUAUUUUGAACAAUCUUUUUCGGAAACUGAAAGAUCUGGAAUGCUUUGGCUCUGAACAACACAUAGAUCUGAGUUUGAUCCUCAGUCAAUGGCUUGAUGAAGGACCAAAAGGAGAAAGCUGUUCUCAUGCUGGAGAUCCACUACUACAGGAAGUGAGAGCCAUAGAUUUACUUGAUUCAGAAGCACGACAUAAGACAGAAAGAGGAAAAGCUUGUAACUCCAAUAGAUGCAGUAAGGAUGUAAAUUCAACAACAGAGGGUGGCCAAACAACUCUUAACCUUGCUGUUCUCAAGGGGCAAAUUGAAAAGGCUACGAACCUGCUGGAAGAGGGAGCAAAUGCAAACAAACCAGAUGCAAAAGGGUGGACACCAAAUAUUCUAAAAGAACAGACAGGAAACAAAAGUAUAAAUGACCUUAUACUAAAUUAUGAAAAUAGAGGGAUAUUAAGUGAGCACAGAAUAGAGAUUACUGAAACAGAAACCGCAGAAAACAAUAGGCAUGGACAAUUCAAACCUACAAAAAAUGGGGCCACUAAUUGUUCUGACUCUUAUCUUAGAAGGCAGACAUUCUACAGCCCAUACAGUUCUAGCUAUCCGGCGGAUACAAGAGUUGGAAGAUUUCUCAAGAGGAGAGUCACCAUUCACAUGAAGUUUCAAAAGAAGAGCUCAUCACAAAAGCAGCUUGGGAAGCUAAUAAUCCUACCUGAUUCACUUGAAGUGCUGUUCAGCGUUGCAGGUCAAAAAUUUGGAGGCUACAAUGUCACAAAAGUUGUAAAUUCAGAGAAUGCAGAGAUAGAUGACAUAAGUGUCAUUCAAGAUGGGGACCAUUUAUUUCUUCUUACAGAUGAUGGUGAAGUCAGAGAUUGUAAUGUGACCUAA